AAACUGCAGAGAACAUCGACACCUACAUUGAUCUCCUAUCAGUUCUGUAAUAGAACUUCUUGCAAGCAAUGGAUUCCAGACUCGAAAUCGCUGCGCUUGGAAGAGCCCUGUAUCCUGGGAUGCUGUAUGACUGCCGCAGUGAUACCUUCAUCCCAGGGGUUACUUUAUGGAACAAGGAGUCUUUAAAGAGUGAUAUUGAUGAGCGCCCGAAGCCCACAACUGAUCUGAAGUUCUCUGCUUCUGACUCUCUAUCUGAGAAGGCCAACUUUCUUGAAGUCAAUGCAUCGCUGAAAGCCAGCUUCCUUUCCGGGCUGAUAGAGGUGGGAGGCUCUGCCAAGUACUUGCGCGACACGAAAUCCUCAAUGUCUCAGUCUCGGUGUACCAUGAUGUACAGCCUGACCACAAAGUUUCAACAACUUACCAUGACUCAACUAGGCAACAUUACCUAUCCUGAGGUGUUUGAACAGAAAACAGCCACACAUGUGGUGACUGCUGUACUCUACGGAGCUCAGGCUUUUAUGGUGUUUGAUCAUAUGGCUUCAGGAACUGAGGAACAACAGAAGAUUGAAGGAAACCUUCACGCAGUGGUGAAGAAGAUCCCCUCUCUCAACAUUGAGGGAGAAGCAAAAUUAACUCUGAACGAGGACGAGAAAAAGUUAGCUAAUGAAAUCAGUGUAACGUUUUAUGGUGACUUUCACCUUGACCAUAAUCCCACAACGUACCAGGAGGCCGUUGACCUGUACAAGAAUUUGCCCAGUGUACUGAAGGACAAGGAGUAUUUUGGUGUCCCGGUGAAAGUUUGGCUGUACCCGUUGGUAUUGUUGGACAAUAAAGCAGCAGCACUGGUGAGAGAAAUCAGCACAAGCCUAGUGUCUAAAACUGAACGUGUGUUGGAGCAGCUUGAAGAUGCAGAAAGGAGAUGCAAUGACUUGACCAGAAGAAGCACUGUGCAGGAUUUUCCUGACCUGAAGGUCAGGUUACAAAGCUUUCGUAAUUGUUACAGUGACUAUAAGACAGUGUUCCAGAAGGCACUCUGCAGUGUCCUGCCUGAGAUUCGUGGUGGAGGGAAAGAGGAGCAGGCUUUAGCUAAGAUCAUAGAGAUCCACGACAAGUCCCCCUUUGCAGCCAACAAGUUGAACGAGUGGUUGGAGACCUUUACGAAUGAAUCACAAAUCCUGAACUCCUACACCAAGAGACUUCAGGACAUCAGAGUCGUCACAUCCUUAGGUGAUCUCAACUCCAUCCUUUUUGACCCUGAUGUUGAUGCAGUCGUUUGCUUGGCCUUCACCUCUCUGGCAAACCCAGACGAAUUCAUCAACACUCUGAAUGAGUUCCUCCAGUCUGAUGAAUUUAAGAAGUUGGAGAAUGUCUUUACACCGAGGGGUGCUACUGAACCCCACCAGCCCUGGUUCACCUCUUUUGACAUUUCACAGACGAUGAGAAAUCUUUCCCACUUUAAAACUUUCUCUGAAGCCAACAAAGAGACCAAAGGAGUUCAGUUCGUCAUAGCCUCCAUCCCUGACCCCAACAAUCCAGGAACAUCUAUCCGUCUUUAUGAAAAAGGAAAACUCACAAAUCCCAAGUUCACGCCCGUGUCCAAGCCACCCCGUCCAACAGUGACGAUGUCGGAUGGGCGUGGAACCCUGACGCUUCAGAAAUCCCCUACCGGAGAGACAGUGCGGUUUAGGAUUGAAUACCAACAGGCAAAUUCUAAGGAUGAGAAAAAAAAGUGGGAGGUCAGAGACACUCCGGAUGCACAAGAAAGCUUCGUACUGACAGGACUUCAGCCUGGCGAGCAGUAUGAUCUGAGGUACAGAGCUGUCAGUGAGGUGGGAGUGAGUGAGGCCAGUGAAUCUAUUCGCUGUGUACCCAAUGAUCUUGUAGAUUGGAUUAAAGAUUGUACUGUCGUGGGCGGCCUUGGAGGUAGUGAGUUCUUGGUUGUGAAUAAACUGGAUGACAUGGCACUGAUGAAGAUUGGGGUUUAUGUUGGCACAGAUCAGGUGGAUGCAAUAGACGUGCAAACCAGAUUCUUCCAAAGGAUGACCUUUGGCAUUAAGAAAGAGGUUAUAUUUCCGCUGGAAGACACGUUCUACCCAGAGACGUUCUUUGAAUUUCAGGAAUUUGAGUUUGAAGAUGGUGAUCGAUUCAAAUCUCUAACACUGUGGCCAAACAAAUCUGGCACUCGACUUGCAGGCAUGGCGUUCACGAUUGUGAGGGAAAAUAACGAGCUGAAAUUUGAAGCUAAAUGUACUUCUGGAGAUUUUUUGGGAGAUCCUGUAUCUGUUGAUGUGCAUUCAGGUAACUGCUGUGGGGUUAAAGGAAGAAGUGGGUUGUGUGUUGAUGCCUUUGGUUUCAUUUUUAUAAAAUAGGACAGGAAGAUAGAGAUUUAGGUAGAGAACAACAACUUCCCUACUGCUUUAUAUAAAUGAACUUUAGUUAGAACCUUGGUAUAUUCUCUAUAUAAAACUCAACAAAAUGCGCUCUCAGAUAUGAUUACUAUAAAUGUAUAAUCUCGCUUCAUUUUGAGGGCUGUGUGGACAUCUUUUCAAAUUAGAUUCAAUUUACUUUAUAAUCACGUUAUUCAUAGUGCUAGCCCAAAGCUAAUUUCUAGCAUAUCUAGAUUGUAUACAUACUAAUUUCUGAUAAUCUGGACAUUAUCCUAUGAAACCACAUGAAAGAAUAUUUUUCAUUUAAUUUGAAGUCACUCUGCACAUCAAUUUGGAUGAUCUAAAAGCUCAAAUUAAAUUUAAAUGUGUCUUUUGCUCACUCACAUUGUGCCAAACAACAACCUCAUCAAAUUCAAAAUGACGGAAGUGAGGGGGUUGGUUAGUGAUGCCAAUCUCAAUACCACAGCAACCAUGCAGUUAUGUUUAUGAUUUUCAGAUUUGCAAAUCCAAUCUGAUUAUUUGCAAAAAAAAAACAUUGUGUACAGGACAAUCAUCAGAACAAAACAAAAUUUGAUUGCCUGCAGUCUGCACAUCGUUAUGGGGUCUAAGAUUGCAUAGAUAUCUGAUUUUUGAGCAUCCAACAUUAAAUCUGAUCUGACCAUUCCCAUAAAUGUGAUUUUUGCCCUGUAUGCAUCACUUUAGUGCUGUUUAUGAAAGAAGUCAAAGUCCUUAAAGAGGCACUAGACCCUUAAACCCUUAAAAUUUGUAUAAAAAAAUCAUAAACUUUAAAAAACGCUUUUACUGUAGUAAUUUUCACCUCACAACUGCGUAACUGUGCUAUAGUCGUAGAUAAUGUGUCUUUGGAAAAAUACAAUCAAAUCAGUCAAUCAAUAAUACCGUCCCCCCCGCUGAUGUCCAACCAUCUGGGGCGCACACUGCUGCUGCUGCAGCUCAGCCCAAUCAAUCAUCACUCUCUUCAGCCUCACCACUAAACCCAUACAUCACUCAGUGCCCCUCCAAAACUACUCCUAAUUUUUUUUUUUUUUUUCGUUUUUUUGGCAUUCUUCAAAUGUGAGCUGUCAGCCAAAAUCAGGGGGUUUGUUGCCCCUUUAAAGAAAAAUGUAAUACUCAAAAUUAAAUAUCAAAUUAUGUUUUGAGAAUAUGCAUACAUUUGUACAAAAAUGUACAUUUAUUUAAAAUGACUGAUAUAAUCUGAUAAGCAAUUUAAUUCAUAUAUAUCCCAGCAUUUUGCUCAAUAAUGCACAAUUGAUGCUUUGUAUGGCUACUGCACUUGCGCAGAUCUCUAAGUUAGGUGGGCUUUUUUUCACCAGGAUGUUACGUGUUACGAGGACUCCCAUUCAUAUUUCAACCAGGGACCAGUCUCCUCAUUUACAAAGACUCUGUUAAUUAUUCACAUUAGAGACAUAUGCAGAUCACUUCUUCAAGAUCUUGGGGCUUGUAGUGUGAACACAGCUCAAGUAAUUCCAAACACAUUCAAGGCAAGGCAAGCAGUCCUUUAUACGAGAAAUAGCAGCUGAAAUGGGCUGAUUUAUAAAAGUUCAUUUUGUUAUUUUAUUAUUUUUUUCAUCCGUCAAUUCUCUCUGUUCACUGGAAUAUUGUUUAACUCCAGUUUUAAAAAAAACUUUUCCUUUGCAUUUAUUACUUUAUUUCUUAUCUCUAUAUUUUGCUUUGCAAAAAUACUACUCAAUGCUCACUGCUCUUUCAAUGCAAAUAAAAUUCCUGUUAUAUUCCAGGAUA